UUUGCAAAUUUCAUAAGAGAACAUGGAAUGGAAAAACGUGAUGCUAAUAUUAUAUCAAAAUUGAAGUCGAUUCUCUGGGCUGUUGGCAAUAUUGGUGCAUCUAAGAGUGGGCUACAAUUUUUGGAAGAGGAAGAUAUCGUUAAAAAUAUUGUAUCUAUUGCUGAAAAUUCUGAGGUUCUUUCACUAAAGGGGACGUGCUUUUUUGUAUUGGGCCUAAUCGCUAAAACUGCAGCUGGUGUUGAAAUCCUGGAAGAAUUAGGAUGGGAAUGUGUAUAUGAUCUAGAAACAGGUGCCG